UUGGUAGUAAGAGCAUAAGCGGUUAGGGAGUCCUCUGUCAGGCUCUCACUGGCUUCUGUUCCAACUUCCCUUGUUUGCAAAGAAGCGUUGAGAGAGAAGAGAGACUGGGAGACACAGAACAAAGCAAAGCAUAAAGAGAAAAAACAAACCCAGAAGUUAUAAAACAGAGCAACCUCUAUCUUUGAUACUUUCCUCUCUCUCUCUCUCUCUCUCUCUCUAUCUCUGUGUACGUUUGCCCUGCUUUAAAUCUUGUUCCCGAGCUCACUUUCAAAUUUGAUUGUGAGCAGUUGGGCUUGGCUGCUUCCGGGUCUCCUUAAUUUUUCUAGUAUUCUUUCUAGUGUAUAUGGGUUUCGCUUGAGAAAGCUAUUGGGUUGGAAAUAGAGGAGAAUCUGCUGGAAAAUGUCUUGGAAAAGCAGAGGAGAGCAGUCUUCUAGAAGUGUUGUAUCACAAAAAUGGGCGCUUUUGCUCUGUUUGGGUUGCUUCUGUGCUGGAAUGCUCUUCACCAAUAGGAUGUGGGCUGUUCCUGAACAUAAAGGUUUCAUGCGAACAACGGCAAUGGAGGCUGAAAAAUUAAAACUGAUUUCGGAGGGCUGUGAUCCAAAAGCUUUGCGUCUAAAAGAAGUGAAGCAUGAAUCCAAGGACAUUAUGGGGGAAGUCUUUAAGACUCAUAAUGCUAUACAGACAUUAGACAAGACUAUAUCAAACUUAGAGAUGGAAUUAGCUGCUGCAAGGGCAGCUCAGGAGUCUAUACGAAGUGGCUCUCCUUUAUCACAAGAUGUAAUGAAGAAGAAAUCAUCUGGGAAAAGAAGGUAUCUAAUGGUAAUAGGAAUUAAUACUGCUUUUAGCAGCCGAAAGAGAAGAGAUUCAGUUCGUGCAACAUGGAUGCCACAAGGUGAGAAGAGAAAGAAGCUGGAGGAAGAAAAGGGCAUUAUUGUUCGUUUUGUCAUUGGUCAUAGUGCCACAUCAGGGGGUAUUCUAGACAGAGCUAUUGAAGCAGAGGACAGAAAGCAUGGAGAUUUACUGAGGCUGGACCAUGUAGAAGGUUACCUGGAAUUGUCUGCCAAGACAAAGGCAUAUUUUUCUACUGCUGUCGCUUUGUGGGAUGCAGAUUUCUACAUCAAAGUUGAUGAUGAUGUCCAUGUAAAUAUAGCAACACUUGGAGAGACUCUAGUUAGACAUCGAUCAAAACCACGGGUAUAUAUUGGAUGCAUGAAAUCUGGUCCUGUCCUUAAUCAAAAGGGAGUGAGAUACCAUGAACCUGAGUAUUGGAAAUUUGGUGAGGCAGGGAACAAAUAUUUCCGGCAUGCUACAGGACAGCUGUAUGCUAUUUCUAGAGAUCUGGCCGCAUACAUAUCGAUAAACCAGCAUGUUCUACACAAGUACGCUAACGAAGAUGUCUCGCUGGGAUCAUGGUUUAUUGGCCUUGAUGUGGAGCACAUCGAUGAUCGGAGACUAUGUUGUGGCACUCCACCUGAUUGCGAGUGGAAGGCCCAGGCAGGCAACAUCUGUGUGGCUUCAUUUGAUUGGAGCUGCAGUGGGAUUUGCAGGUCUGCUGACAGGAUUAAGGAGGUUCAUCGGCGUUGUGGGGAAGGUGAAAAUGCUUUGUGGAGUGCUUCUUUUUGAGAGGCAUGUAGCUUGGAUUACUUCCAAACUCAGGAGGAUUAUAAGCAGCUAGGGUAGUAGUGAAGCAACCGUCCAUUUUUUUUCUUAUCUGUAUUUUGGUGUGAGUAUAGAGAGUAUGUUAUUUACACGAAGAGAGAGAGAGAGAGAGAGAGAGAGAGAGAGAGAGAGAGAGAGGGGAGGGGGGGCUAGCUGCAUGGACAUUCUGCAUUUUAAGAGAGGAGAUUGACCAUAGUAGCAGCCUGAAAAAGGAAGGGAAGGGACGAUUACCACACAUUCUUUGAUGCUUGGAGGGCCAUUUUGUAAGUUAACAGUUCCCAUGGCUGUCAAGCUCCUAAUAAAUAUAAAAUCUUUGGUGGUUUUGCUCACCACCUUCCUUCCUGC